AUGCAGGGAAAUAAGAAACAUACAGAAGGACACAGUGACUCCUCAAGUAUUGGGAGUCAUCUGGAUGACACAGACAGAGAGGUGAGCAACCUCACAGCCCGGUCUUUCAAAAGUUUGUGUGUGGCAGAACUUGAAGACCCUUACAAUGAACCAGAUCUUACCAUUUCACCUGGCUUCACUCACCAGUUCUCUGCUAAAUUUCACCCAGGGGCAUUAAACCAUGCCAUCAAGAAGAGCCACGUCUGCAACAAGCUAACAGCAAGGAACAAUGAACCAACAAUAUGGGCUUCGACAUUCCAGCAGUUACCAAAACGUACUCAGGAGGAGAAAAAGACUGCUAAAAUUAGCACCCUCGGCACAGAAAGGAGAAAGCUGAAUUUGCCAGCCCCUGGGCCAAGGAACAAUAAACAUGUUUCAAAAGUGUCUUCUCUGAUUAAGACAUUUGAUAAGACUGAAAACCAAGGGUCAGGAAGUUCCCUGGUAGCCAGUAAGCAGCCCAUUAAAAAUAGUUUUCAAAAGUAUAAGGUAAAACAUGGAAAUGAUAUGGCUUGCUGGGAUGAUACAACCUUUUUAAGCAUCCAGAAGGAACUUUCUGAAUUUUCUGAUGCUUGUCGAGAUAGCCACCAUCUCAGUGGCAAAUAUGAGCCACAGAAAAGGCUUAAUAAAACAGAUCAGAGUUAUUGUGGUCCUGAUAGUUAUUAUCCUGUGCUCAUUGAGAUGUCAAAAGUAGCCAAGUCAAAUUUCUCCCGUUUUUCUAACAAGGCUGCCAAUAACAGAAGUGUUAAAGUUAUCGAGCCAACAAAAAAGGGUAAUUUUCUUCACAGUGAGAACAGUGCUUUUGAAUCAUGGAAUGUCCAUCAUAAAAAACUGACUGAAAAAGAGGAAUUUAUUGAUAAACAGAAAACAGAAAAAGGUCUUGCAUACCUUGAGGAAGCACCAUUUAUUAAAGGAUCCAGCACAUGUGAGCAUAAAUUACCACCUGUCAAAACCACCAUUGCUAGAAAACAGGAGAAAGACUUUCAGAUUGAGUCAACACCACUAGAAACUGCUUUCAGUGCCCCCCUCCCUCCUGUAUAUGUACCUCAGGGCCCUGUCCCGAUCCCGUCAGGAACUGAAUUUCAUGCUAUUCUUCCUCCUCCAACCCCCUCUAGGACCCACACGCACCAGGGCCCUCCUCCAAAACCUCCAGCCUCUGAAGCCCCCCUUGUGCCGCCAGCUCUGGCUCUCCCCUCUGUUGAGCCCCAGGCCUCUGUCUCGCCCCAGUCUGUGUCCUGCAGGACCAUUUCUCCCUCGCCCUCAACCCAGGCACCUGACCUGCUUGCCCCAGGACCCCCAGCCACGCUGGCCGAGGAGAAGGCCCUCAGUCCCCAGCUAGAUAGUACCUGUCCGCCAUGGAGGAGACAGAAGAUUACAAAAGAUGCAGCAGAGAGGAGACAGACAUCAAAAGAGACAUUCAUGCCCAACGGCAAGACAUGCUCGUUGUCUGAAAAGGUCGCUGUGGCUGAACCUUUCCUGGACACAACUCCUUGGACUAAACAGGUAAACUUCCCAGGAUCAAACAGUCCCUCUUUCAACAUCACCGAACUCUUAACACCCAUCAUCCCACCAAAACAAGAGGCAGACUCCAUAGAAAGUGAGCUGAUCCUGGUGACACCUCCUCCCACUGAGAGUGUGGCAGGGAGAGAACAUGAGGGGAGUGGGUUUGGUGAUUACCAAUCUCGGGAUAGUUACAAAUCUAAAGCAACAAGUUUAUUAUUCAACUUGAAGGAUGUCCGUAAACGUGUUAAAAGGAUUUAUACCCCUUCUCCUCUGUUAAGGGCCUUGGAGGAUAGAAAUAAGACUAAGGAAAUUCAGGAAGCACAGGAAAGUGUAAAACUGAAUGACUCGCUGUCAACUUUGCAAGAAGACAGCAACAACAAGAUUGCAGAAAAGGAUGAAGCAAGUGACAUAACUUCUGUAUUAUCUGACAAUUUUCAAGAAAAGGACAAUAAAGCAGAUUUAACUGGAUCCUUCGUGGAUAGUUAUCUGACUUUGAGUUCACCCCAGACAACAGCAGCUCCUUUAUUUUACCAAACCAGAGACAAUUUGCAGCAAGAUGAUUCAAAACAUGAAGAUCUUGUUAAAAACACCAGAGGUCAUGAAAACUUCUCCUCAUUCAGACAUCAGUCAAAAGAACUUGAUUUAAGAAAAAGUCUGUACUAUCCAACACUGAAACCAUACAGUAGAGACAUUGUGGAUACAACAUCUGGGCAGCCAAUUCAAAAUCUCAGUUUUCACGGUGAGGAAAAUGAGAAACAGUGUGACAACCAGAAUGAAAAUUGUGCCUUCAAAACACUCCAAAAUCAACUUUCACCAGCAGAGGAUGUGCCUUACAGUGAGAACCAAACGGGUAUGCUAGUAACUGGCAAGGAAAUAAAAGGCAAAAGAAGCACCAGUUCUUCCGAGCAGUCUUUUGUGUCCACAGUAGAGCAACCCUAUCAGGAGGAAUUGCUUCCAUUGGUGCCACUGAUGCCGAAGGCAUGUCUUCAAGAAAGCCAAAGGAAUAAGAGUGAAAUGAGCGCAGAGAGUAAGAAAAGCCCCAAGGAGAGAGAGAAAGCAGUUGAGGAAGAUGCACUGCAGUAUUAUGCUUGUAUCAGUUCUGGUACUAGUUCAGCAGAGAGGAAUGAGAAUAAGGUUACUGGGAAUGAACAGGGGAGCCUGAUGAAAGAGGAAAUAAGGAAAGAGAAAAAGGAAGAGGCCAACAGUGUGGAUUCUGCUUCAGACAGUAUAAAGGACACAUCUACCUCCAGGUCCGAGGAGCCACAAACACCAUCAUCUUCAAGCUCAUCGAAGCCCAAUAUGUUUAUGAUUAAAGACAACACAUUCAAGUCCCCUCAAGUAAUAAAGGCUGUCAAACUGCCCCUGAUCAGGUCCUUUUCCUUAGACGAUACAAUGAGCAGCAGUUAUAAGGAAAUGAAAAGUAGAUUUGUGCCCACAGCAAGGAACAAGCAGUGCCGAGACAUGUUGCAUGUCCCAGAAAUAGAGUGGUUGUCAUCAGGGCCCAGAGUGCAACAGAACGUGAGGGAAGGAGCAGCUAGCAGAAAGAUCGAUGCCUGUGAGCCUGGAUCUUCUUCAGCAACACUGGACCCCAGCCUUCAGGAAGAUGUAGAGAGCUUUUCAUUAGAGAAGCAUAUGCCAGAAGACAAAGAGACUUGUGCUUUGUUGGAUGAAGCUGGGAAAAAGAAUGAGGAGAGCAUUUGCAGAAAUGAAGAGAAACCUACCAUUGGGAAGGAAAGACGUGGGUUAAUACAGCCAGACUUAGGUCUGGAAGAUGACCAAGUAGUAAACAAUCCAAGCUACCCUGCAGAAGGAAAGAGUAAUUACUUUAAGAAUCAUCUUUUAUCUAAUCGCAGAGGUGGCUCUUGCGCAAAAAAGAUAAUCACUAGGGAAACAAGUUCCCCUGUGGUAGGUUCCAUGUCAGAGGACUACGCAUAUUCUCCUGUAUCCCAUGAAGCUUCAGAGGACACCCUACCCAUGGAAGGCGCACCAGUUUUGUUAGACAACCUCACAAGUUCUGCUGUAGCAAGCCCCAGAUCAGGCAGCACAGUGCACUCUCUUCUUACCUGCUCAUCAUCAGAGAAACCAACAAUUUCUAGCCUCAGAGAGACAGAGGACGGUACAAACCCUGCCUUGCUAAACAUGGCAGUAAAGAGCCAAGCUGAUACAUCUGCUGAAGAGACACUUGAUUCAGCACAUGGGAAUCUGCCUUCUGAUUUUGCAGGGAUGGCUGAGAGACUGGAGCUCAGGGGCCCUGGGGAGAGAGCAGCGGGCAAACCUCCUGCUGUGCCACCGAAAACAGAAAAGGCUCUGCGGCGGGCCAAAAAGCUGGCAAGCAGGAGAAAGAAAAUAGAAGAGCAACAGAAAAAACAUCUGACAGAGCCUACAGCUGCUGUUGGGAGAAAGCUAUCCCAGUCUGCGCAGAUGCCAGCAUUCCCCCCACCCAUGGGAGAUACUCCUCCCCAUUCUGCCUUUCACUCAACUCCUACUCCUACACAAACUGGUAUGAGAAGACUCAGUGGUGCAUCAACAGUAAGCCCUUCACCCUCUUCAACCCAGCGUAAACUCCUGCAAGACCCGGACUCUGGCCAAUACUUUGUAGUUGAUUUACCAGCUGAAGCUAAUUUAAAGACAUUUUAUGAUCCAGAAACUGGCAAAUAUAUCCAAGUUUCAGUCCCUUCCUCUGAAGGGAACUUAUACGAAAGCCCCUCUUCAGAAAUUAUAAAUUCUCCAUAUGCCUCCUACCCUAGAGUGAUGCCUUUACCAGCUUCUUCCGUAGCAGCACUGAGGUCACCAUCUCAGCUCUCUGAACCUCCCUGGUUAAUGCAAACUCUACCAGGAGAGCCAGAAGAACUGCCUGAAAAUGACCAGCAGGACCACAGAUACGUUGAGCCUGACGAUGCCCAGUCCUGCAUUGAUCCGGUCUUUUACUCCCACAGUCAAUAUGCCAAAGAAGCUCAAGUUCACUUAGGAAAGGACAUGAGUCCAUGCCCAAAUGCAGAUGCAGCAUCCCCCACUGAUUUAGAUGAUUUUGCAAAUGAAGGGGUAUCUUGA